AAAGAAUCCAAGAUGGCGGUAGCAGACGUGGUUAUCAAGCAAGAAGCUGUAGAUGUAGUUGAUUUGGAGGAGAGAGUCGUGCAGCUCUGUAAAGAGAACCCUAAAGGAAUAACAGACCAGAUAAUAUCACAAGAUAUGCCGAAUAUUCCGCCUCAACAAAGAGUUACAGCCAUUAACAGACUUCUUUCCAUGGUGGGUAUUUCCUCAAACCCAGGAUGGUGGAGCCCCAGGGGAAUUUUAAUAUCUCGUGAUUUCCAGAGUCAACUUCUCCUUCCCUUGACUUGAAAAGCAUGUCAACUUCCAGUCCCAUAGUAAAUGCUUAUGUGGUAGUAAAGGUAUGGAUACUUUGAAGGUGUGAAUAAUUUUUUUUUUCCAAUACACAGGGAAGGAUUGAACUUCUAAAAAGUGGCACACAGCUAUUGUACAGAUAUAAAGAUGCUCAAGCAGCAACGUAAGUUAAACCAAUUUCAGUAAAUGCAAAGGGAAAGAUUUUGGCUAGCUCAUCGUCGGUGUAAAAACCUGUGAAACUCAGGAGUGAUGUAAAACAAUGAAUACAAAGAUGCCACUGAGAAGUCAACACAAUAGAGAGGCCCUGCCAGGGUAAAUUCCGACAAGCGACAUGGCCCAAAAAGCAGCGACAGCACAUAAAAUGAAAUCACGACAAGAGACAACCUCCCUCAGGCAAAUUGCGACAGUGACAGCAAGCCAACAAUAAUUUAGAAACACCAACACCAGACGUUUUAAAAUUCAGACGGACGGCAUGGGACCCCCCCCCCCCCCCCCCCCCCGCCCCCCACAAGGCCACGGAAAAAAAAAAGAAAAAAAAAAAAAAAAAAAAAAAAAGAUUUUCAAAACAAAAAAAAACUUUACAUUUUUUUCCUCUUUACAAUAACGCACCCACCCUUCUAAAAUUUUUUAAAUCAUUUCUUCUCCCCCCCCCUCCCCUCCCCCCCUCCUCACCCCUCCCCCCCCCCCCUUCCCUACACAGUGAUCUUUUUUAGAAAAAUCCGAAAAGGCAAACGGCCCAAAAAACCACCAACAAAAAAAAAAAAAAAACACCAAAAAAAAAAACCCCCCCCAGGGAAAAUGCGAACGUGACAGAAAACCCAAAAAAAUUUAAAAAACCCAACCCCCGCCUUUUUAAAAUUCAAACGGGCGGCAUGGGACCCCCCCCCCCCCCUCUGGCAGGGCCUCAAUAGAGCCAAGGAAAAUAAUAGCUAGAAAACAAAGAAAAACUUCACAGGUUUUUACACCAAGGUAAACUCUUUACCUUUUGGCCCUACUAGAAGUAGCAGCACCACAGUUUUAAACUAUUUUAAUCAUCUUCCUCCUCCUCCUCCUCCUCCUCAUCAUCAUCAUCAUCAUCCUCAUCAACAUUAUCAUCAUCAGUAUCAUUAUUUUCACAACCUUCAUUGUCGUGCAAUGGCUAUCCUUAGAAACAGCAUCAUCACGAUCUAUCUCUCUUGCUUUAAUUGUCACAAUAAUAUUUUUCUAUAUAUUCUCUUAACUAUUAACAUAGUCUUAUUAAAUCAAGGAUUAACUUAAUCAACUUGGUUUACUUAUGCUUUGAUCCUGAAACAUUAUUUUUCAACAGAAAAACAAAAGGAUUUGAUGUACAAGAAAAAUUAGUAUAUCAAAUCAUAGAAGAAGCAGGAAACAAAGGUGAUUGAAUUUUUUGGUAAUUAUUUAUUUUGUUAAUUAUUGUUUACAUCAUUUCUUAUUUCUUCACCAAGCUUGCUGAUCCUAUCAGUAUGUACAUGUAGGACGCAUGUCAUCCAUGAACCUUGUAUACUGUAUGACAAAAUCAUGAGUCCUUCGUAGCUCAGUGGUUGGAGCAUCUGACCGGUGUUUGGAAGGUCACAGGUUUAAUUACUGUCAAGGAAUCAGAUUUUUCUUUGUCCUGCGCUCUUGACAUGUUGAUUACGUCAUUUCUCAAAAAUAUUAACAUGCUAUUUAAAAUAACUAUUGAAGUAUAUGGGCAUAAAUCACUGUGACAUUCUUUUGGUAUUUAUAGGUAUCUGGAUUAGAGAUAUCAGAUUCAAAAGCAACAUACAGUUGACACAAGUCAACAAGAUUCUAAAAAAUUUAGAAAGCAAGAAACUCAUCAAAGCUGUUAAAUCUGUGGCUGUAAGUACCAGUAUAGAAGGUUUUAACCAGUUUCCCUGAGAAUCAAUCAGCAUAAGAUUUUUCCAAGUUGUGAUGUACUGAUCAUAGAAUUAAGUUUUUUAUCACCCCAGUGUGCAAAGAAAGUUGUGUCCAAUAGCCCAGGACUAGUGGAUUUUGCCACAAUCAGACCAGUGAAUUCUGCUCUUAAACUUGCCCAAUGAGCAAGCAAAGUUUUUUGGGGACUGUAAGACAUGUUGCGUGUGGUUUAAUUAGUUUUUUUACACCUGAUGGGCUUAAUUUCCUUAUAACACAAUAACAUUCUAAAAGUAUUUCUUGUGUCCAUAGUUUUUAAAAGUUAAAAAAUUUUUCGGUCAUCUGCAAAUUGUAGCUACAAGGAAAAUAAGAUAUAUCUGCCAAUGAUCUUGCUCUUUAGGCAUCUAGAAAGAAAGUAUACAUGCUGUUUAAUUUGGAGCCUGAUAUAUCAGUGACUGGAGGAGCCUGGUACAGUGAUCAAGACUUUGAAUCCGAAUUUGUAGAAGUACUAAAUCAGCAGUGUUACAAGUAUCUUGAACAAAGGGUGAGAGACUCUUAUUGUAAUUUUCAGAUCGGUUUUAAGUAUUUAUAAUACUUUACCUCGGCAUUUAAGAACUGUAAAUUCUAGGUUUCUUUAUAAGAGUAAUUUAAAACAAUUUUUUCAAUAGUAUUCCAUAAUUCAUAACUCUUUUCAGUCUUGUAAGUUGAUGAUUUUUACAGAUUUUGAUUUUUAAAUCUUAGAUUUCUUAUUGUUAUUUUAUUUUAUUUUCCUUUUUCAAUUUUAUUUUUUAUUUUUUAGCUAUUUAUGAGAUAAUUACAGGACCCUUUUGAUAACAGUUCUUUUUAUUAGAACUGAUAGGUUAUCCUGUAUAAAUAUUCACGUUAUUAUUAUUAUUAUUAUUAUUAUUAUUGUUCAAGUAAGGAUUUGAUGUUUAGUUUUUACUGACUGCUUGAUGAUGAUUGCAAUAAUAUAUUAGUGAAGCAACGCAAUAAGACGAGAGAGGAAAGAAGAUGGCAAACCUGUGUGACAACCGUGGCAUAAUAGAAGGACCAGAACACAGUUUAUGUUAAGUUAAAUGAAGAUUGUAAAACAUGCAAGUAAUGUCAUGUUUGUCACACACAAAUGUUUUGCUGUCCUCCUCUUUCUGUUGUCCUGUUUCAAAAGUUGUUAUUAGUGACUGUGAUUGUGGUGAAGGUGACGAUGAUGAUGUUCAUGGUCGUGAAUGAUGCAUAUUAUAAUGAUGAUGAUGAUCACAAUGAUUAUAAUGACGACAGUGGUGGUGGUGGUUGUGGUGGUAAUGAUGAUUGCAUGAUACAGAACAAAAUGUUGUUUUGCAUACCAGUUUUGCUGUUUUGACACCUUAAGUUGGGAUCUGGUGUUUGUUUUUUUCUGAAUGCUAUAGAAGUGAUGAUGAUAAUGUAAUGAUGAUGAUAGCAAUGAUAGUGAUGAUGAUGAUGAUAACAUCUGUGAUGGUGACAAUAUUAUUGUGGUGCUGGUGGUUGUGGUGGUGACAGUGAUGAUGAUUUUGAGAGACUGAAUUUAAAAAAUGUUGUCUUCAUGUACCUGAGUUAAGUAUGCUUGAGCCUAAACUAAUUCUAAUCAGACUUCUUACAGUAUGAUUUGUGCUCUUUGUAGGCUGCAGAAGCAGACAGAAUGAAUCUAAAUCCUCUAGGUAAAAGAAAUGCUUCGUAUUCGUCCUGUUAUGAUGUGUGGAAGUACAUCUCUGAAUUGGGAAUUAGCAAGGUAAAAUACAGUCCUGCAACAAUAACAGCAUCCAAGUGCAAGAGAUACUUUUUUUAACAUGUAAUUAUCAUGGAAGGAAGACUUCAGUGUAGAAUACAUUGAACUGUGGAUGGUUGUGUUCUCAUUCUGAACAAUAAAAUUAAUUAAUUAGUCAGAGCCCAGAAAAAACCUUGAAUUCCAGUUUGUCCUUUGGGCAAUCUUGAGCUCUCUCAUAUUGCUUGCCUGGGCCCACUUAACUUACUUGUCAUAGUCAGUAAUUUUGUCAGUGGAUGACUUGUGUGGACCAAGUAAGCUUUAAAAGUUACUUUCCUGGUAAGAAAAUCUACGUGUCCCAGACCAUCGGAUGGGACAUUUUUGUAGAGCCCUGUUAUUAAUAAUAUUAUUUUAUUAACAGCAUUUCAUUGCAUACAUUUUACAUGUACAUCAACCCAGGUGCAACUGUCAGAAGGGGACAUUGAAACCAUUUUAAACACAUUAGUCUUUGAUGGCAAGGCAGAGAUGUCACUUGUAGCUGAUAGCAGUUCAAACACGUCAUCAACAGGUGGACAGAAGAAACUCUUCAGGGCACUUGUGCCUCUUAUGCCGGUUACAGGACUCAUGAGGACACCAUGUGGUGUUUGUCCGGUGAGAUUUUGUUUAUCAGCUGAUACUUUUGAAAUGAAAAACUUGUAGAUUAACAAAAAUGGGGAACCUAAAGGGGCCAACCAUUUACGAACAGCAGACGGAUUUCCAGUCGACAACCGGAAAUGCGUCUGCUGUUCGCAGGCUAGGGUUAUGGGUGAUUUCACAAAAAAAUAUCCUGCAGACUGAUUUCAAGGGAAAAAUAAUCUUGCAAGGAACUAUCUGGGAAAAAAAUUCCUGCAGUGAAAAAAAAUAUCUCUCUCAUGGCGUAUAAUGCUGAAAAAAAAUUAUAUCUCCAGAGGUUUGGGAGAAAAAAAUGCUUAUUCUUACACAAAUCAAAUCACCCUAACCUGAGAUCAGGCCCAAUUAUAGCAGUUUUAAUACAGUCAUUCUCUCUAAUGGCUAUCACUAAAAGUUCGCCUUACCCGCUGGAAUGUUUUUUACAAAGCAAAACGAAAAUUGAGCCUGACCUCAGUUUAAAAUCACCCAUACCCCAUUUAUUUCCCUUUGUUUCAAACUCAUUAUGAUACAUUAGCAUACCCCCAAAUUAACAAAGGGAAAUAAAAUUUAAACCAACAUAAUCUCAGCUCCUGAGAUAUACCAGGAUUUGCAUGUCCAAGUUGGAUUUUGUGUACAGAAUGGACAAAAAUACAAUGACUCAAACAUGUAACUUAAAGAUAAGUCCGUCAUUAGUUAAAUUAAUUCACAGUCAAUUUAGAGUCAAUAUAUGAUGUGGCUAUCCUAUGGUGUGAUCAUUCAAAUGAAAUCUUUCCAACAGUACCUCCAAUACUUUCACGUGGCACCUUAAGGCUUUUGGUAUUUUCCAUGAAGUUUUGGAUUUUUAUUGAAGUUUUAUUUGGGAAGCAAAACUUGUGAGUCUUAUGAAGAAUUAACAUCAGUUGCGGGGCAACUGGUUACGGUUAAUGUGGCUUUCUCACAGGGAUUUCUCCUCUCUGUUUCCAGGUGUCAGAUCGCUGUCGUGAAGGUGGGCCAAUUUCUCCAAGCAAGUGUGUCUACAUGAAGGAGUGGCUGUCAGAGCUCUAGUGAAGGAGGUCUUAGACAUCCAUGAGAAGUAUUUUAUUUCAAAAGGAGUAAUUUUCAUAUUAAUAUUGAAUAAACACUGCAAAGCAGUGGAUCAUGAGCUGUACAAAUACCAGGUUUUGUUACUGUAUUAAAGCUGUUAUUUAAGAGAUCUGAAUUAAAAUGAAAUGUUCUGAGGCUCAUUAUAAUAUUGAAAACUGUUGAAGCC